CGCUGCCCCUCCUCCGCCCCCGCCCCCUCCCCCCGCCGAGGCUCCGGCGGUCGGGGCGGCCGCGGGGCUGCGCUCCCGCCACCGCGCUCCCGCCGCCCCCAUGGGGCGCCCGACGGCGCGGCCAGCCCGGCGCGGGAGCUGAGCCAGGAGCCGCCGCCAGCCGCCCGCGGAUUAUGGGUACAACCGCCAGUGCGGCACAGCAGGCAGUCUCGGCAUCUCCCCUGGAGAGCAGGGUGCCGGGUGACGGCAGCAUGGAGGACCAGCGCUCCCUCAGCAUCCACUCCUUCCAGACCCUGGGGCUCCACAACAGCAAGGCCAAGUCCAUCAUCACCAACAAGGUGGCACCCGUGGUCAUCACGUACAACUGCAGGGAGGAGUUUCAGAUCCAUGAUGACCUGCUGAAGGCCAACUACACGGUGGGACGCAUUUCUGAGACCAUGCUGGAACACUACCUUGUGCAGGGAAAAUAUUUCAUGGUCAGGGAUGUAUAUGGCAAAUUAGACGUCUUGAACACUACCGGCAGCUGCGGCGCUCCCAAUUUCCGACAAGCCAAAGGAGGUUACGCCGUGUUCGGCAUGGGGCAACCCAGCCUCAACGGCUUCAAGCUGGUGCUGCAGAAGCUGCAGAGAGGGGGCCACAAGGAGUGCAUCUUCUUCUGUGUGCGCGAGGAGCCCGUGGUCUUCCUGCAGUUGGAGGGGGACUUUGUGUCCUACACCCCCCGGGGCAAGGAGAAUCUGCAUGAGAACCUCCAGUGUCUGCAGCGUGGGCUGCGGGCAGAGAGCCUGGAGCUGGCCAUCCGCAAGGAGAUCCAUGACUUCGCGCAGCUGAGUGAGAGCGUCUACUAUGUCUACAACGACAUUGAGUGCUUGCGGGAUGAGCCCCACACCGUGCGGGUGCAGUGUGAGGAGGACAUCCAGGUGAUGGAGGAGGUCUACCGCAGACCCAUCUUCCUCCUGCCCUCCUACAGGUACCACCGGCUGCCCCUGCCCGCUGAGGGAGCCCCUUUGGAGGAGCAGUUCGACGCUUUCAUCCACUUCCUCAGGGAGAGCCCCAGCCUGCUGCUGCGGGACCCUGGCAGACCCCCACCAGCGCUGCUCUUUGGCUGCCAGACCGGCGUGGGCAGGACCAACCUGGCCAUGGCCAUGGGCACACUUGUCCUCCACCACCACCGAGGAGCUUCCCAGAAGCCCGACCUCCCCCACCCACCUAAAACAUCUCCCAGGGACAGGCUUCGGGUCAUCCAGACCUUCAUCGAUAUGGUCCCCAAAGGCCAGCAGAUAGUCGAGGAGGUGGAUGGUGCCAUCGUCUCCUGCUCGGAGAUGCAUGACAUGAAGGAAGCCAUCUAUGAGUACAAGAAGAAGUUGGAAGGGAUUGGAGAGGACUAUCAGAUCCAGGGGAGCAGCACCAAAGAGUAUUUCCUUCAGAGGACUUUGCAGAGCCUCGAGCGCUAUUUCUACUUGAUUGCUUUCAACUACUACCUUCAUGAGCAGUACCCCCUGGGCUUUGCCCUCAGCUUCAGCAGGUGGAUGUGCCGGCACCCCGAGCUCUACCGACUGCAGGCAGAGAUGAACUUGUCGGAGCUCACAGUCACCGGUGACCUCAUCACCAGGGGCACGCGAGUGCUGGUGGCAGAUGAGCGCUUCUGCCCAGACGUGCUGAGCACUGCCAAGGAGAUGAGCGUGGCCAACUUCCGACGGGUGCCCAAGAUGCCUGUCUACGGGACUGCGCAGCCCAGCUCCAAGACCCUGGGGAGCGUCCUGCGGUACCUGACGGAUGCCAAGAGGAAGCACUCCCACAUCGUCUGGAUCAACCUCCGGGAAGAAGCAGUCCUGGAGGGGAAUGAGCAGGUCUAUACGCUGCGGGAGCCUGGGCACCUUGAGGAGCUGAUCCCUGUGCCUGCUGCCUCGCCCCAGCAGCUGGAGAAACUAGAGGCUACCCUGAAGGGCGACCUGCUGAAGUGCCAGAAGUGGCUGGAGGUGUACCUGGAGGUGGAGAAGCAGAUGAAGAUGUUCAAGAGCUGCCUGACCACACAGGAGAUAUUCAGCCAGCAGAAGAAUGCCUGCCAGGGGCUGACCUACCGCCGCAUCCCCAUACCCGACUUCUGUGCUCCCAAGGAGCAGGACUUUGACCGGCUUCUGGAGGCAAUGAAGAGUGCCCUGGCUGAGGACUCACGGGCAGCCUUUGUGUUCAACUGCUCCAGUGGCCGGGGCAGGACCACCGUGGCCAUGGUCAUCGCUGUCCUCACCCUCUGGCACUUCAAUGGCAUCCCCGAGAUGAGCGAGGAGGAAAUUGUGAGCGUGCCUGAUGCCAAAUAUACUAAAGGGGAGUUUGAGGUGGUGAUGAAGGUAGUCCAGCUCCUGCCAGAUGGUCACCGGAUGAAAAAGGAGGUGGACAUGGCCCUGGACACUGUCAGCGAGACCAUGACACCCAUGCACUACCAUCUCCGAGAAAUAAUUAUCUGCACCUACCGACAGAAGACAAUUCCCGUGACCUCCUUGCCCCUCUUCCCGGCGCUUGACAGUCAGGACCAGCACAUGGGUGUUCCUGGGCCGUGUCCUGUUUCCGGGCCAGCUGUAUCCAACUCUCCCUGGCAGCCCGGUGGGAAAGCAAGAUAAGGAGGGAGUCAUCCGCUUCCCCUGCACCCUCUGCCCUAGGAAGAGCCUUUUGUCACUGCCUGCAUUUUGCAUUUCCCUUUUGGCUGCUCCAUCCAUCCCGUUGGAUUUUGCUGGGCUGGGGGAAGGCACAUGCAAAUGCUGUAAUUUUUAUUUAUUUUUAUUUUUUCCCCAGUGACAGGCAGUUUGAAGAAGAGAAUUACGGGAAUUGUAUAUUCUAGGCAUUGCCCUAAUGGACUUUUAAUUAACCUGUGGUUAUGUUUAGAGAAACGCGGCGUUUGGGUAAACCAGCAGCAUCGUGCAGUGGAUGCUGUGCACCCAGGGCUGACACUGCUUUGUAGUUUUGGGAGCCUACUGGGAGAUGCUUUGCCAGGUUAGGGCAAGCAGGAGGGAAGGAACAGGUGCUCUGGUACUUGCUCUGGUUUGUUCCUGCCCCUUCCCGCCCCGAACUGGGAGGAAAAUAUAGGAGCAUGUAAGAAAAUGGUAAAUAAUAGGAUAAUACAAUAAACAAGAAAUAGGAUGGUAUAAUAAAAUGAUAAAUAAUUGGAUAAUACAGUAAAAAAAUAGGAUAGUCUAAUAACAUGAUAAAUAAUAGGAUAAUAGGAUCUGCUCUCUACAAAUACUGGUGCACACGUGUGGAGGAGACACCUUUUCCAAGGGCAGAACCACUUGCCUGGUGCUGCCACACGUUGAGGUGCAGGUGGCUUGGGCAAACCCUAAUUUUCAAAGCCCACAGGUGGAAACGUUUGUAUGCUGUGGCAAUGAGUGGCUGGGGAAGAACCUAGAGAAAGCAGAGCGGGCUUGUCCCUCAGGGUGGAUUGGUGCUGGCACCGGAACAAGGAAUUGCUGCUCUUUGGGAUGGUCUGCGGGGUUCACAGUGGGAUUGGCUGUGGGAUUAGGGCUCUUAUGCCAUCUGGCUGUUUAUUCUCUAUUUAUUAAUUUUUGGAAGGGGCAUCACUGCAGGGCUCAUCUGUUCUUAAAAUAACAGCUAUAAUAAUAAUUAAUUAUACAUAUAAAAAAAAUAAUAAUAGAAGGUGUGAUGGCCACCAACCUCAGAGCAGGGUGCUGGGUGGCUGCCAUGGCCUCUCCUUCUCCAGUGGGGGCGGCUGAAUCUGACUGGGGAAUGCUGGAAGGGGACAGAUUUUUUUGCCCUGGGGAAGUGCUUUGCUGUCCUGGAGCUCAUGGUUUUGGGUACAGUUUGCACCUGGGCAACUAUUCCUGGCUCCUGCACACACACACCCCACAUUUAGCAAUCCCUCAUCUAUUUUUGAGGUCUGCAUGGUAAAGAGGAAGUUUUUAUAUGCUGGAGACCACAAGGUAAUAACAGCCUGGACUGCCAAGCCACAGCAGGAGGGGGCUGGAAGGAUUUGCUUAUUUUUGUCCCCAAAGUUGUCCCCCCUCCUUGGCUAGAGGCAGGGAGGAGGCUGCGGGCUGGGCUGGGCUCCUCAGGGGGAUAAUGGGGUCGGAGGGCCGGUGUGCAGUGGCAUACGUAGCUUUUCCCUUGGGCAAGAGGUCCUUGUGGGUCCUUCACCACCAAACUUGUCAUGUGGGAUGGCAAGCAGGAUGGUGGAUGAAGACUGGGUGCAGGAGCUGCCUCUCAGAUGCUCACCUGAAGCAGGUACCACAGGCAUCUCAGCCAGUCUCUUGC